UAUAUAUCUUCCAAUUUUAUAUAUACUAACAAUCUGUAUCUAUAUAUGUCUGAAUCUUCCAUUCAAUUACAUUCAAAUUCUUCUUCACCAAUUGACGAUCAGCCGCCAUUGCCGCCGCCGGAUUUUAAAUCAACGGCCAGGAUUGAUCAAUCGCCUAAAAUCAAGAUCAAUAAAAUCUCCACUAAGAUGAGCUCCGGCGGCCGGUCCGGCGGCGGAAGACAUCCGGUGUACCGGGGAAUUCGGAGCCGGAGCGGAAAAUGGGUGUCGGAAAUUCGAGAGCCGAGGAAGACGACGAGGAUAUGGCUGGGGACUUACCGGUCGCCGGAGAUGGCCGCCGCCGCCUACGACGUGGCGGCGGCGGCGCUGAAGGGGAGUGACGUGGCAUUGAAUUUCCCGGGCCACGUGGGGCUGUUUCCCGCGCCGUCGUCACCUUCGCCGUCGGACAUUCGGAGAGCCGCCGCCGGCGCGGCGGAGAUGAUGCGGCGGGCGGAAGAGGAAACGGCGGCUGCGGAGGAGGAGCGGCAGGAAGAUCGGACGGCUGAUAAUUGCGAUGAUGAGAGUUUGAUGAACGGUGAGGAUCGUUUGGAGUUUGUAGAUGAGGAGGCAUUGUUUCAUAUGCCGAAUCUUCUUAUGGAUAUGGCCAAGGGCAUGCUCGUUAGCCCGCCCAGGAUUGAAUCUCCGCCGUCCGAUGAACCAUCCAACGGCUCCGAUUGCGGGAAGCUCUGGAGCUACUUUUAACGCCUAACCAUAAUCACAUAUAUAUAUAUAUUGAAAGUAAUUAAGAAAAAAUUGUGUGUAUGUGUUAAUUUUCUUUUUAUUAUUAUUUUUUAAAAUUACUUAUAACCCACACUUUUGAAAAGUCUACACCAAUUUCUUU